AUGACUACGUCCAAACCUUUAUCAUCGGAGGCCAAAGCAUACGUACCAUCCGCCGUCUGGUUUAGGAAUGUCUGUUACUUUCCACCGCCUCUUUUUCCGGCUCCGACGAACUACUUCAGACAAUACUUUGUGACUCAACCUCUUCCCUAUUAUCGGCCAAAUCCACUGUCAAAAGUUUCACUGUCUUCUUCCGUCAAGCCUAGGAAAGAAACAACACAGUUCGUUCAAUUCGGCCGCAGAACCUUUAUUCCGCCACGUCUUCAACGCUCAAACCGGCCGAAACAGUUUUUAUGGCUUCCAAAGAGAAAUCAAAACUCGUCUCCUAAAUCCAAACCGGAGAAGAUUUCUUCUGUUCCUCCAUCUCCUCCUCCUCCGUCAGAUCAAACGAACGUGACGACGACUAAAACAACUCUCAUGAUUAGGAAUAUCCCUAACCAGAUCAGGAGACAUGAAUUUGUUGAUUAUCUUAAUAAGCAAAUUUCCCAGCAGCAGAAGAACUCCGAUUCUGUUCAAAUCCAGUUCGACUUUCUCUACCUUCCAAUGGACUUUCGUAAGCAUAACAACCUAGGAUAUGCAUUUGUGAAUUUCACAAGUGAAGCAGCAGCCGGUCGUGUUCGAGAAAUGCUUGAUAACUUCAAAUGGGAAACUUAUUAUAGAUCGGUAAAGGUUUGUAAGAUCGACUGGGGUAGGAUUCAGGGAAAAGAUGCAUUGGUGAGGCGUUUCGUGAACACGGAUUUCCAUUGCCAAAACAGUGAGUAUCUACCCAUUGUUUUUAAUCCAGCGUCUGGAAGUGAAUAUACGACUGUUGGGCGUUGUGUAUUUGGUGCUAGGGCUUGUGAUGGUGCUAGGGUUAGGGUUUAG